CCAUGGAAUCUAUGAACCCGAAGUCAAGGUCGCAGAUGUCGCGAUACUUGGGUUACCUUAGCUAUUGUACACGGGAACACGAGACAACUUGCGUUAGCUACCGGUUUCUGCCGCGGGACCCCGCCUAAAUUCUAGAACCUCAUCAAGCUUCCAGUCCAUCGACAACGAGCAUCCAGAGCCGCCUCGAUCGCGACAAGUUGAUGUUCAAAGACGAGCGCAAUUGAAUACCGCAGCUGACGCAAGACAAAUUGGAUACAAUGGGGUGGUUUGACGGCUGGUUUGGCUCGAGCAGCAACGACUCAGACCCGCUCCGCCGUCUCGACCCAAAGCUGCGCGAGUUUCUCGAAAGGGAGUCUCCGGUCAAGUACACCACUACCAGCACCACAGACGCGCAGCAACCAUCACAAUCACAACAACCGCAUCAAUCACCGACACAACAGCAGCAACAACAACCAGAACAACAAACACCCCCCGUCCCGCGCGAAUCGCUGUUCCAAGACGGGCGGUACGCGCACCUAUGGAAAACAUACCGCCCGCUGGCGUCGGUCGAGGCCGAGACAAAAUCGGACAGCGAGAAGCUGACGGACGUGCUCGAGGCGUACAAGGAGCGGCGGGCGGCCAUCGGGCGGGCGGCGCUCGAGAACUGCGCUGAGGAGCAGGUCGAGUGGAGCGAGUGCAUGAAGUCCGGGUCGCUGCGGGCGCGCAUGACCAUGUGCCGCGACGAGGUGCAGCGCUUUGAGCGCUGCUACAACGCCCAGAGUCGUUUGCUCAAGGCCCUGGGCUAUUUGAGUGUUGCGGGCCGGGAUCCAGAGGUUGAUGAGGAUAUACAGAUGCGUGCUGAUGAGCUGUAUCAGCGGGUUCUGGCGCAGCAGAGGGAGAUUGAUAGGGCUAAGGAGGAGGGAAGGGAGCCGCCUGUUUUCAAGCCGCUUUUUGAGAAUAAUAAUACGAGUAAUCUUAAGCCGGGUGGUGCGGCUGCUGCUGCUGCUGGGGAUGCCAGGGAUCCGCUCGAGCCGAGCGCUGCUACGGUGGCCGCCUGGAAGGAGAAGCUGGAGAAGCUGCCGGUGGAGGAGCGCGAGGCCGAAGAGGCAGCACUGAGAGCCGACUACAAGGCCAAGGCCGAAAUGGCGAUGAAGUUACAAGGCCUGUGGCAGGAGCGAGCCAAGGAGAGGGAAGCUCGCAAGCAGAAAGGGGAAGAAACGCUGUUUGACAAGAUCAAGUCGGCCGUUGGGGUAGGGCCGUGGUCUGGGCCGAAGCCGGAAUGAUGCGAUUUCGGGGAGCUGCAGUUGUCAUCAUCCUGUACCAAUAUGUACUGUACAGAAUACGAUUCAAGGUGUCAUCACAGAUACCGGGCUGCCACUGGGGGUGCACAUUUCAUUCAUGCUCUCCACAAGACUUGGG